AUGUAUGCUUUUGUGAGGUUCUUUGAGGACGACAUGUGCUAUGCUUUACCCGUUUCAAAUGUGAAAGAUUUCAGACCUCGGCACAAAACAGAUUUUGAUCAUCAGAAGGUGUAUCUGGUUGUCAGAAGUGAAGAGAAUGGUACAGGCCAGCCAGGCAAGGCGCAGAUUCUCGCUCUCGCAGAUAGCAUUGAGGAAUUUGAGAACAGUAUUAUGCAAAAGAAGAUGAAAAUUCCUAAAAUGUCUACCAGGAAUGCAGGACAUGCAGGACAUGCAGUAGAAAAUCACUUUGGCGAGGAAAGAAUGCCCCUCAGACAUAAAAAGGUGCAGUCUCACGAGCAGCAGCGGGCCAACUCCUCCAAGAGCCUGGCUGCAGUGGUGGCACGGUUAGAGAGGAACGCCGUGAACUCGAGUGCAGAGGGAGAGGAACUGGAGCGGCUGGGUGAGGAAGAGGAGGAGGGUGAGGAGGAAGAGGAGGCAGUGGUGCCCCGUGUGCUAUAUGAGGAGCUAGUGCACAGCUACAGGCAGCAGGAGGAAGAGGUACGGCGGCUGCAGCAGGAGCUGGAGCGCACACGCAGACAGCUACUGCAGCAAGCCAAAAAACUGAAGGAGUACAGCAGCCUGCUGACCGAAGUCAAGGAGCUGCGUGACUUCAACCGCCGCCUUCAGGAUGUGUUGCUCAUGAGGCUGGGCAGCGAGCCAAUGCAUGACAAUGGCACUCAGACAAUCAAAGCCGAGGUGGUGGAGCCAAUUGCUGAGCCACAGGAAGUGUGCCGAGAGGAAGCCAACACUAGCUCCACCCACUCCCCCUCUCCAAGGACUGUCUAUACCUUCAAUGAUGGAAAAGUGCACCUUGGUGGAGGUAUCUGGGUGGAAGAGGAGAAGUGGCAUCAGCUGCAGCGUACACAGGGUGACUCCAAAUUCACCAAAAACCUAGCUGUCAUGAUUUGGGGCACAGAGACGUUGAAAAACCGCAGCGUGACUGGAGUAGCCACCAAGAAGAAGAAGGACGCCCUGCCUAAACCUCCCCUCUCUCCCAGCAAACUCAAAAUCGUACGAGAGUGUCUGUAUGACCGUGUGUCCCAGGAGACAGCCGACAGUGCUGAGAUCACACAGCGGCUAUCCAAAGUGAACAAAUACAUCUGUGAAAAGAUCAUGGAUAUCAACAAAUCCAUCAAGAAUGAGGAGAGGAGAGAGUCCAAGCUUCUGAUUCGGCAGACGGUGAAAAUGGAGAACUUCUCCUACGAUGGCGUGUAGGGCCUUCAGAGUUGUCACCAUAGCUCAUUCUGCUCUUCGUGGACAGCUGGGGGGAGAAGAGGGUUCACGUGAUCACCUGCGCUGCCAUUUGAGAUUCUCACUGAAGCCCAAAGCGAGGCCUUUUUUACCCUUUACUACCCCAUAACACCUCAUAGCCUAACCGACAGCUUUACCCCCAACCAAUACACCCUUCCAUGAGCCAUGAGUUUGUUGGUAUGUGAACAAUCAGUGAGUAUGGGCUUUGAGGGAUUUUAUAAGCUUUAAAUGGGUAAUAUAGAGGGGAGGGGGUGUGUUUGGAUAAUGUGUGUGUUUGACAGGAGCGAUCCUAUAAAUCACAUCAGAAAAGAAUGUGUAUGGCACAUCAACAGGUGUUCUGUGUCAGAACAUAUCUUUAUGUCCUUAAGUGAUCAAAGAUUUCCCUUUGGAAGAACUGUUCUGUUUUGGGGAGGAUGUUAUAAAACGUUAAUACUGGUUUGAGUGUAGGGUUAGUCUGCUUGCUGUUGGUACUUAACUUGGAGGACAUAAAAAUGCACCUUCAAACAGGGUCCGACCCUGCAGUGUCUUAAUGUAAACUUUUAAAUCGGUCGGUUAAUCAGUCAAGGCCCAAUUGUUCAGAAACUUUACAUUCAACAUGACUCUUACAUGCUUUGGUUUUGUGUUGUUCUAUUUAGAUCUGAUGGUGCUAAUGACAAGUUCACUGCUUCCUUCAGAUGGAUAGAAAAACGCCUUUGAGGUUCCAUUGGAAAAAUCUCAUUUGCAUAAAUAUUUUUACUUGUCUUUUUAGGUGACUUAUCGAAAACUCCUACGUAAAGAAAAGAAUGCAUGCACACCUUUUUUUUGUCACUGUGAUCGGUCACCUGAUAGCCUAGACAUUGAUAUUUUCUGAUGUGUUGCCUGUAAAAUAAUGCCUAUGAGAAAUCAACACAUGAGCAAAAACUAUAUUCCAAGUUGCGGAGAAAGAGCUGGCUAGGAUCUUUUAUUUUUGUUUUUAGGAUUUGGCAAUCAUUGGGAACUGUGUUCUCUGUUUUUAUAGCAAGCUGUGAUUGUAAUAUGAGCUGAUAUUACUUAAACUGCACUUUGGAGUGUGAAUGUGGGGAAGUGGCAGAUGGAAUGUGUGGCUGUGGGUAAAGCUGUCGGCAGCGCUUGGUGUUAAACGUGUUGGUCUCUUCCUUCAGACCAGAAAAACGGCAGGGUCCCCACUCUGAGCCUCCUGCAGGGGGCGAAAUUAGUGGGGAUGAAAAUAAGGUAUAGUGACAACUUCCAGUGAGCCAUGCUAUCCAUGCUUUCUUUCCCCCAUUUUCUUUAAACUUUUCAUCUCUCCCUGCUCUCUCUUACAUGUUUUGUUUUGCUUUUCACAAACAGUUUGUGUGGCAGUCUGUUUUUUCUUUUGUUUGUUUUUUUAAAAGGCCACCUUGCUGCAGGUUUGAGUUUUCGACUGUGAUGACAUAACGCUAACUGUGAAUCAACCGCAAGUCUGCCUCUCAAGUCUGCCUCUUUCUCCUCACUUUUGCUUCUGACCUUUUUGUUGCUUUAUCAUCAAUUUUUUCCCCCCUCAUUAUCCACAUGUAUUUCUUAGCUAUAUGGUUUUGUUGGGGAAACUUUUUAUUGUAUAUUUGGAUCAUAUCAUAUUAUGAUCAUCAUUUUUAUCCAUGCUGCACCUUAUUCCUCUAAGUUCCUCAUUUGAAACAAGCCCAUAUAUCAUAAUCCAAAAGUCUUCUACCUUUUGCCUAUUCAUGCCUAGUCAAAUCAUUUUCACUUUCAGUUCUGUGCAUCUUUGCUUAAGUAUAGAUCAUGUCUAAAAGAAAGCAGGGCUCGUCACACAUGCAUUAUCGUUAAUGGAGUGCUGUCAAAGAAAGCAAACCAUAUCUUAAAUUACGAUUGCUAAUUUAUGGCUGUCACAGUUAUCACAGUGCUACAAGAGCUCUAUCACAUCACUGUGAGUCAUUUAUUACGAAGUAUAAUUUCACUUUUUGUUUCAUUUUCCCUGUUUUCUGGAAGUGUGCAUAUAAUUGAAGCAGGCGUAGCCACUGUAUCAGGCAGCACUUUAAUCAUAAGUAAAACUAUAUCAUAAUGAUAGGCAAAAAUGGGUCUUAAUGGGUAGAAAUAAUUACAUGGAUAUGUUAAGACCACUUCAGUACCUAAUAAUGAGGUGAUUAAGUUAUGGAUUGCUUUCGGGUAGAAAAUUAUUUGUCAAAUCUAUUUUCAUGCUAAUGCCUAACAUUUUUUUUCCUCUUCAAAUAACAAACCAGAAAUUUUAGCACUUUUCUGCCACUCCAUAGUUGGGGAGAAAUCCUGUUUUUGCUUGAUGCAUCUGUGAAAGAUAUAUCUAUCUUAACUGUUUUCUAAAAGUAACUUGCCUCCAAUAUGUCGAAAGUAACAAUGACAGAACAGACAGUUGGUGGAUCAAGCUGAUAUCUUUCUGUGGAAUUUCUUUUUCCUCUGUUUUUAUGUAGAUAUAUUGUGUGCUGUGUGCUAUAUAUUGGCCCGCUAAUCAAAUGUGCUGUUCUGUAAUGGCGAUAGGUAUAUGGGUACACUGGAAAACACCAGCUUUAGCUAAGCUGUUGCUGAAUGAUAGACAAAAGAAACUUGUGAUCAUCUUUUACUAUGAGGUUGAGAUCUGUUGCCUUGAAAAGGAGGAAAACUUUAUAAGUAAUUUUUUUUUCUUUCUUUCUUUUUUUUUAUUUGGACAGCCACUUAGUGAGUGAAUUCGGGCUGGACAGCUUUCACAUGCAAUAUGGCUGGGGGGGAAAAAAAAAAAGUCCCAGUUGUGAACCCUAACGGGGGAAAAAGUGUAACUGUGAAAUAUUUACAAUUACUAGCUAUAUAUGGCCAUGAUGAACUGUAGUCGUCAGUUGCUUAAAACCUACAAAAGCGAACCAGUACACCUCUCGGAAACUCUAACUGUCCUCUGGUCUGCACUAGUGAAAUUCAUCUGUCCUCAUUUUUGUGCCCAUGCUUUUGAGUGGCUGCAUCACAGUGGUGCUUAGCUUUUGAGCUGCUUAGCUCCCUAAGGAUCCAAAACAAUCUGGAUGCCAAGAAGACCAGUGUAAAGUGUCUAUGCGGAAUCAUCACGCCAGAUGCAUCACUCUUGGUGGCAUUUCAAACCAAGAGAUGCGUUUGCUAACACUGAGGUGUCCUUAAGUGGGGUUUAUACGCUUAUAUGUGAAUGUGUAUAGGUGUCGGGUAUUGUAAUGUGUCUGGGUGGUGGGUUGAAUAUAAGCCAAAGUGGAAUGUGGAGUGGAAAAGCUGGUGAUCGGUCAGCUUGAUAUGAACUUGCACAAAAAUGGCCCUUGCCAAGGUUAUUGUCCAGAGUUAUCUAAGCUCAAAAAAAAAAAAAAACAGAGGCUAAAUAUAUUUUUGUUUAAAUUGUCUUUGGAAGUAUGAGAUGUUACUGUACUCCAGUUUCCAUAGAGAUCGCCAUGGUCCUGUUGCGCUCUGUUUCAUAUCUGAAGAGCAUUAAGCUUUCGAUGGCGUGUUUGUGCAUACUGUUGUUUUAAAUGGAAUUUAUCAUAUUUUGUUCAAUCAUAUUUCUCUUUUGUCAUCGUUUUGAUUAUUUUUGUUUAUUUCUGAUGCCAAAAAAAAGGGGAACGGGAAGAAUACUUAAAAAUAAUAAUAAUAAAAAAAGGCAAAAAAAACCAAAAACGAAACAAGCUGAUCUACAUGUAUAGAGCGUAGUACUGCUUUCAGCUUGCUUUGUAAACCCACUUAGAGAGAUUGUCAGUCAGCUGCUGAGGACCCAUCCACGUGUUACGCAAAGCUGCCCAGUACUCCACUGUAACACUUCCAUCAUUACACACACCUAGCGGGUUUCACUUCUGUCAGGUAUCGCUCUUCUCAGUCCAUGUUAAAGUUCUUCAGGGCCCAGCUCAAAGCAAUUAAUUUUCAACUCAGCUUUAUCGUAAUGAAAAGUAUUUUUGAUAAAUUAAAAAAAGCCUAAUCAGUCAGUUCAGGUGAUUCUUUGGCAGUAAUGAUACGUGUACUAUCACAAUCCUACCUCAUCGCUUUACAUGUCUCUAGUUGUGUGCGUCGUUCAUAGGACCUCACUCAACAAACACGUGCACAGAUUUGUAAAUAAAUAAGUCUGUAUUGCACUUUUAUUUUAAUAGAAUCUUAUUGAUGUCUCCGCUUUUGAAUGAAUGGUGUGCAUUCAGACUUGAGACGAUUUUCUUUUCAGUCUGCCUGACUUGCGUAGGACCUUAUCUUCUACUCGUCCUAAUUCUGUGGUUCUGUCAGUUCUAUUUGUGCAGUAAAUCAGAUUUCUUGUUCAUCCUGUAUCGCUUUGGUUUUCUCUAGUUGAUGGUGCUGCCAGCACACGUGUGUCAUUUACCUCAAACGGUGCUACUUUUUACUGUGGUGGAUGUCACUUGGUGUCACAUGAUCAAAAGCCAGUUCUUUCUAUUUAAUAUCAGAUGAAAUCAGGACACAAAUGUAUCUUGCUAAUCACUUAACUCACUCCAUAUAACCUUGUCUGUGACUAGUUAUGUACAGAACAUUGUUGUAUCACUGUUAAAUAGUAUAUGCAGUUUAUUCUGGAUCAUCAUUCAAUAACAGCAAAAUCGAAUGCUGUAGUAUGUUAGCCAAUCCACACAGUCUACCUACCUGAAUCGUACUGGGCAGUCGUGUCUUAGAGUAAAGUGGUCCUCAGCAAUGAACCGAUCCAAUGCCACUAUAGUUACCUCCUCAGACAGACAAUGUGAGAGUGAUUAUAUUGAGAAUAUAUUUUAGGUAUUGCAAUACUCUGCAGUGUAUUGUAGAGGGUUUGUAUGGCUUACCAAAGUUGUUCCCUCCCAAAGACAGUGUAUCUCUUAACUGUUUGAUGACAAAAUGAUAAAGGCUUGCUUCUCAGUUCUCUUUUUAAUAGUCUUUAUCUUACCAGCUUUCUGUAAAUAUUAGUUUGAUUAGCUGCAUUUGCAUUUCCAUAGAUAUAAUAGCAAAAUUUGGUUCAUCUGACAUGUACAAUCUCCCAGGAAAAACAAUAAUGAGAUUUUUUUCCCAUCUGUGGGUUUACAUGAGAAUUGAAAGCUAAUCUUGGCUUUUUUUUUUUUCUUUUUUUUUUUUUUUACAUUUUUGAGAUGUCAGUUCAGGAUAACCUCAUAUCAGAUGAUAUGACUGAAAUGUAUCCUGAACGUAAUGAAUUGACCUCAGAACAAAUAUUGUUUGGAAUCGGCCAUGUUGCAUUUAACUCUCCGUCCUAUCAUUUCACAUUUUAUAUCUUUUAUCAUCUCUAUUCUUGCUGCUGAAUAAAUAUCUAGAAAUCUAUGUAUAUGUACUUACCGAUAUUUUUCAGAAAGACAUCCAUAGCGAAUGUCUUCUAAAAUAACUGUGAACAUGCUUUCUCUUCAGGUGGUGGGUUUGGUGGGUUUUCCUGCUUUUGCAGGAUUCAUCUUUUCAGAUAAAGGAGAGCACGUGGUGAAUGUCCUUUCCUUUGAGUUGUUGUUAGCACUACAAUCCAAAGGCAAGGGCUGACAGUUCCGCCUGGUUUCUCUGACCUGGACUGAGCUUAGGGUUCUUGAUUGGAAAAUGCACUUGGGUUGAUCGGAGAGGCUCUAUCUAAAGUUUCGGUGUAUAACUGUAGGCUUAAACUGGGUGUGAUAAACCAGGCCUUUGCUACCCCUCAUGUUUUUGCUUCCUGCCAGGCUUAGACAACCAGAAAAGAAAAUCAUUUCCUCACCGACCAGUCCCACUCCUCUCUGGUGCGUGGCUGGCGUGGCCGGUCAGCAUUAGUUUGUUGUGUAUGUGCUGCAGUCCAAGUACUCUUGUCCUAUGUACAGAUCAACAGAAUAAAUUCAGACUUUUAUUCUACAAAUAAAAGAACCCUCUCAGGGGUCAUCCAGUC